GUUUGUUAGUUCUGGAUGUGUUUGUUCUUGUCUGUUUCUCCAGAUCUGAAUCUCUUCUUACCUUGGCUUUCUCUUCCUGUAGACACAUAUGCUCCUCUGACAGACAUCUCUAAAGAUACUAAGCAUGUUGAAUACGGAGCCUUGUCUGGCGCUCGACGGGUUCAGACACCGGCAUCUAAACAAGCUAAGUCUAAAUCACUGCUGGGGAAACUGCGUCAAGCCCUGUCUCUUAAUCAUGAUGAGUGUGCUGGUGUAGUUUCGGCAGAUGUAGCAGAUUCCCCAAUGUUUUUAGGCUCAAAGGGCCAGGAUUGUUAUUCAGUAUUGGAUCGUGCGCCCAGAGUAAGAAGAGCUGCACCUGAGCCCCAGAAGGAUCUGUUACUGCAGCUGGUUUCUCUCCAAAAGGCGUCCGGCUGCUGGGAUCUGGACGCCACACUGGCCGAUGUGUUUGGGAAGACGGAGGAUGAGCUGACCAAUCAGAAGCCAGCACAGGUGGAUGGGUCAGUAUGGGCCACUCUCCUGGCUCUGAUCUGGUUAUACGGCUGUAAAAUAGAGCAGCAGGUGGAGUGGCAGUUUGUGGCCAUGAAGGCAGCGUCAUGGAUCGGCUCUCAGAAAGUGGGUGAUCUGUCUCAGUGUGUGUGUGCGGGGAAUGUCCUGCUCGGAUGUCAGGUGACCAAAGAGACUCUGGGAAUCUGAAGACGUCUGUGUUUCUACAUCCUGAUCCCCCAGAAGACAGAAGAACAGAAACCGUUACAUUUACUGUUACUCUGUUACUUGUUUCUUUAACAUUUAUUCUGUAUUAUUUGCUCAGAUCAACCACAAAUUGUAAUUCUAUGUGAUCUGCACUAUCAUUUGAGUUUUAUGUAU